AGCUUUCUGGCUUGCCAGUCCUCUGUCAAAAAGUCCAACCCAUGCCAGAAUGGAAAGUGGACAUUAAAUGAUGAUGAUUAUGAUUGAGUUUAAACCACUUUUUGCAGUUAACAUCACUAUAAUUCUGGGUAGAUAUAUCCACUUUCCACAUUCAAAAGGUCAAGGAAUAUAAAUUCAGUUUGUGUGUGUUCUGUUAAAUAUAUAAUUAAUUAACAUUUAGGAUUGUCUUUUAUCAACUGUAAUGGUAGAACCAUGUUUGUUUCUUUGGUAUUUUAUUUCAUUGGCCCCUGAAAGAAUGAAAGGCAAGGUUGACAUCAGCACAAUUUGAACUCAGAGUACAAAGGGGUGUAACAAAAUACUGCAAAGUAGUUUGUAUGAAAAUUUAAUGUUUCUGUUAAAAUCCUUAAUUAAGUGCUUGAGCUUUUUAGCUUAGCAUAUGGGUGAGGUAUAUAGUCAAUUGUAUCAACAUCAGUACUUUUUGAUACUUUAUUUCAUUGACCCUCACUGGAAAAAUAAAAAGCAAAGUUGAUAUUAGCAUGGCUUGCAUAUUUCACAGGUUUGCUAGAUCUGCAAAUCCUUGGCUGUAUUUUCUUAAGCUAUAUUUAUUUACUUCCACAAACCUUACUGAGAGUAGAUAUAAUUUAGGCUAAUAAUUUGAGAGAGAAAAUAAAGCUAAAGCAAGCUAGUUAAGGUAUUUUAUUCCGACCUGUAUUAAGAUUUAACUCUUGAAUGUAGCAAUUAACCACAGAGCCAGUACAGGUGUACCAGCUUGAUUUAAAAAAAAAAAAAAAAUUUAUCUUCUGGUGAUAAGAUAUUAAAAGCUAGGAUUUUAUAGCUAUGCUAUCAGCAGAAGUUGUGGUUAAUUCAGGACCAUAAAUAUAGUCUACACCAGUUAAUUUGAAACAUUUGUUGUGUGACGGAUAAUAUUUUAGAAAACUGUUUCAUUUGCCACUCUUUAUUGCUUCUGUUCCUCUCUGUCUCUUUCAGGAAAUGGACAGUUUGAAGGUAAAUCCAUGCUGCAUUGAAGUUUUAGAACAAGUGUUGGCCAUUCUCAAGAAACAUGUUUCCAACGCUGAAACUGAAAGUGAAUUCCCAAAUGAUUUAAAAAAUGAAAGUCAACAUAGAACAGUUGCUUCCCAACUGGGGACAAUCCCUGUUCAUAAUCGAACUAUUAACCACCACCAUGCAUUAUCAAAAGCACAAAUCUUACAAUCCAACAGAUCUAAAGAAAAUCAUUCAGAAAAUCAGCUACGGUUCAUAUCCAAACCUAGAGUAAACAAGGAGGCUUUUUUAGUAAAAUCCACAACCCAACCUCCCACUACUUCUAGUAACCACAGCAGCACUGUACCAUCGAGAAACCGGCGGAUAUCAGCUCCAUUACAAGUCACACCAAAAAUUCCAUCCCAUCAAGUCGUCAAGAGGCCAGUGUCUGCUAGCACAAUGAAGGUAUCAACAGUGACGUCUCCAAAGACGUAUAUUCGAGAACAAUCUGUACCUUUCCAAGACAGUCUGCAUUGGAAAACUACGUUGAACAAUGGACCUGAAGUCCCACACAUCAACACUCAGAAUUAUUGUUUGAACAGCCAAGUGUCUUCUAAAUCUGUGUCCCAAAUUACUCCAGCACCAAGAACAACAACAGAACAAGGAAAACCAAAAGAAGUUGAAUUGAUAACAGGGCUUGGAGUGAAUAUUCCUGAAGAUGAGCUAGCGCGAAUCCAGUUCAACGCUACAACAGCUAAUGACCCAGCAAUCUUGGUCAUAGCUCUCCUUCAGCAUUUCUUUUCAGACGAAGUCCUAGCGAGGUCUACAGCCACUUCAUGCAGGGGUAAGGGCCGUGCUAAACAUUCCACAUCGCAACCUCUGAAUCAACAAAUAAUGGAAGCCAUAAGACGGUUUUCUGUUUUAUAUUCCCGAAAGAUAAACCGAUCUUUGACAGAGACACAAGUUAAUCGCAUCGCCGCUAAUAAGAUAGGAACAGCUAAAAUGGCACUGAAAAGACGCAGAGAAGAAAACUCCCUUGCUUCUAGAGGUCUCCGUUUUGGUAAGAUAUCACGAAAUUCUGAAAGCGUUAAGCCCAAGGAAAUGACUGUACCAACAGACGAAGAUCUUAAUUUUGUUAUCAAAGUUGAGAAGGAUAAUGACUUUUAGAUGAUUGAACCAUUUAUUUUGAUCAUUUACUUAUAAAAUUACUAUAUUUUUCAGGAAAUAUGUAAAAUAAAACAAUAUUUUUAAUAAAAUAAACUUGUUUUAUUUUUU